GUUUCCUAUUACAUUCCAGAUGCAAAGUAUCUUCAUUUACACAGACGAUCUGUUUUAGAUUGAAACUAUGCCAAGGAUGUUCAUCAUAUAAAAAAUUAUUCAUAAACUUAAAUUUAUCCAUUUAAAUUACACACGCGAUUUCACGAUAUAAAUGGAACGUUGACUUUUAUCUAUUACCUGCAACGCCCUGAUAAGAUGGAUAAUGAGAUAUAUAUCAUGUGUAUUCAGUUCACCGGUAUCGUCAGUUACACGUUGAUCUUGAAACAAUACUCAUCAUGGUUCGCGAUCGUUUACCGGAUUUAUGUGCCUGCCGUAAUAGCAGUACUACGUUCGGCAGAGGAUUUUUGCAAGAUGUUCACAUUCAAAUAGCACAAAAUAAAAAAUUAAAAGAAGUGUUAAUGGAAGUUGAAGAAGUACGUGGUUUUAUACAACUGCUUGUGGAAAAUAUAUCAGUUGUUAAGGAUUUGCAUAAUAAUGUUUUAUCACAUACAAGCAAAGAUAUGCAAAGAGAACUUGAAAUUCGUACUCAAACUAUCUCACAAACAGCUUUACACAUUCAACAAAAAUUACGAGGUAUGAAGGAAAAUAUAGCUGCUACAGAUUCUUUUAAUACAGAUAAUACAAAGGAAACUCCUGCUCAUAUACGAAUCAGACGUUUACAAUAUGCAACUAUGCUAAAGAUGUUUUCAGAUAUUAUGGAGGAUUACAAUGCAUCAUUAUUAAGAUAUCAUGAUAAAUGUUUACAACUUUUACAGCAACAGAGAAUGUUAAGUGAGUUAUAUAUAAUACAUAUAUAUUUUCAUUUUAAGAAUAAAAUAUACUUAAUUAAUUAUAUUUCUAUUCUAGUAAAGAAACAUACAACAUAUGAGAUAGAUGAAACAGAUAAUAUACAAGGAAACAGCAUAUUUGUGGAUAAUAUCCUAGAAGAUAGCAAAAUCACCAAAGAGCAAUUGUCUGCUAUAGAAGUACGACAUAAUGAAGUUUUGAAAUUGGAAAAAUCUAUUCAUGAAAUAAAAGAUAUGUUUACUGAAACAGCUUUUCUUAUCGAAAAACAAGGAGAGCAAAUAAAUAGUGUAGAAUACUUUGCAAAAAAUACUACAGAUGAUGUUGAGAGUGGUAAAAAAUGCCUUAAUAAAGCAGAAGAAAGGAGUCAUAGAUACAAAAAAGUAUACAUAAUAAACUUAUUUUUUAAUACAUUAAUAAAAGAAUUCAUUACUAAAAUUUGUCACUUUUUCAGAGAAAAAUAAAGAUUGGCAUUAUCAUUGGGAUAAUAAUAUUUGUUAUUAUAUUAAUUCUAGUAUUUCUCAAUUAAUUUUUUUUUAUAUUAACUUGCAUUUUAUCACAUACGUAAACCAAAUAUUCGUCAAAUAUUCUUAUAUAUAAAGUUAUAUUCUAUAAAGUUAUAUUCUAUGAAGUUAUAUUCUAUAUAAAAAAUUAUAUUCUAAACAUAAAGACAUAAAUUUAUACAUUAGAAGGCAUAAUUUUUGAAAAGUACAUCACUAAGCCUUUUGAACUUGGCCUUAACUUAUGAUCUACAAUGGUGCACGUAUAAAAUAUAUCUAAUACUUCUGUAUAUUCUGGACCUAUAUCAAUUGCAGGUAAAGGUGGCCGAACGCCUAACAAUAUUUGGAAAAAUAUUUUUUAUUGUAAAUAAUAAUUAAAAAUUUAAUUAAAAUAUUAAAA